UUCACCCAAACCUCCAUUUUCACUCAUUUUUCACCCAUUUCCCCCCAUUUUCCCCCACAGGACUUUGUCCUUUUCAUCAUGACCCGCCCCCAGCACAUCUUCGGCCGCCUCGACCGCCGCUCUGGCCUGGGGGGGACCCCCAACACCCCCGACCCCUCCCCAGAGCCCCCCGAGCCCCCCCAAGCGCCCCCUCCCCACAAACCCGACCCGGGCCCCUUCUCGGUGGUCGACACCUUCCUGGACGCCCCCGACCUGCUCCCCCGCCACUGCCUCGUGCAGGCCGACCCCUCCCCGGCCGUCCCCGCGGGCUGCGACCCCUCCCCAAAUUCCUGCGAGCCCCCCCCAGCCACCGUGCGCCCAUUUCGGGGCGCGCCCACCACGCUGAACGGGACCCCCCUGUUCCGCCGCGCCCCUCUGCGCCCCGGCGACCUUUUGGGUCUGGGGGAGCACAUCCUGCUGCUCUACAAAGACCCGCGGAUUGGGGAGGGGUCCCGCCCGCCCUGGGCGCCCCCCCCGCGCCCCCCGAUGGGGAUUUUGGGGGUCUUGGGGUGCGCGGGCUGCGGGAGGAGCCCCCGCGAGCGGCGGGAGGAGCUGCGGGCGGCGCUGCGGAGCCCCCGCGCCGAGCUCCGGUACCGGCCCCAGGACGAGGGGGCGCUGCUCAGGGACAUCCUCAGCAUGGAGCCGGGGGGCGCCGGGGGGUCCCGCGGGGGUCCCGGUGAGGGUUUGGGGGGUCCCGAGCAGGAUUUGGGGGGUCCCAGAGAGGAUUUGGGGGGUCCCAAAGAGGGUUUGAGGGGUCCCAGAGAGGGUUUGGGGGGUCCUGGGCAGGAUUUGGGGGGUCCCGAUGAGGAUUUUGGGGGUUCCAAGGCGAAUCUGGGGGGUCCUGGGAAGGAUUCGAGGGGUCCCAAGAAAGAUUCUGGGGGUCCCAGAGAUGAUCCGAGGGGUUCCAAAGGGGAUUCGGGGGGUCCCGAUGAAGAUUUAGGGGGUCCCGAUGAGGAUUUUGGGGGUCCCGAUGAGGAUUCGGGGGGUCCCGACGAGGAUCUGGGGGCGCUGGCCCCGGCGUUCCUGCUGGGGCUGUGCCUGGAGCACGCGGCCAAGGAAUUCCCGGCGGGACAUUUCCCGGAGCUGCUGGGGAAGGUGGCGGGGAUGCUGCGGGAAACGGUCUGGGGAUACUGGGAGUGA